AUGAAGCUUAUAUGCAUACUGCUUUUGCUCGGUGAGCAUUUUGUUCUCAUAUAUAUUUAUAUAUAUUCUAAAUAUUUUUAUUAUGAAUGCAUUCGUCAAUAAUAUUAGGCCAUUUUACACAGGUCAAACAAAUAUGUCAUGCUGGCAAGGCUUUUUGACUUCGCAAAUAAGUGUGCGUGUCUCAGCGCAAUAGCUAUCUGCUCAAUAUGGAGAGAAAACCUGGCAUUAAGCGUGUGCUCAUGCACUCUACAAUCAAUCUACUAAAUCUGCCUGAGCAUAAAGUUUAUUUGUUUAAAUCACCUUUUAUUUACUUGGUUAUCCUUUGCGUAUGCCUGCUUACCACACUUUAUGUUGCGCAUUACAAAUAAAUAAUGCCGACUUUCAGGAAGCUGCUUUGCAGUUGAUUACAAGGUCGGGGAGAAAACGAGCUUUUACCGGUUUCUAUUCAGCCCUCCGGUCAAGGAGGUAGGUUUUUAUUUUCAUUGAUGUAGCAAUUCAACGACAGCUAACGAAUUGCGUAAAAGUUAUAUUACCAUCUUGAAAGAUACAAUGCCCACAUUUAUUGGACAUGUUAUUUUGUGGCCUACUUACUAAGACUCAAGUUUUAAACCACUGUUUUAGGUUAUAAACUCCUCUUCUACAAUCAGACGAGAUAAUUGCAAGCCGGGGGUUUUCUGCUUCCAGAUAUUUAACGGUAUGCUUCCGGAAAACAUGCAAACUUAUAUAUAAGUGAAUCGGUAGAUCUACAUUUCCCUUCUGUUUUUAGCAAAAAGAGGUGCUAUUCUGCACGGACAGAUUUCCGAAGCCGUAUCUGCGAUAACGUUCUAUGUUCGUAACAUCAACUCCCCACAAGCCUUUGUGAUAAAUGAAAAGGGCGUGCCAAAACAAGGUAGGUUUGGUUACAUUCUAUGAUGCUUACCUCAGCGAAGGGAAUUAGUGAAAUUUCAGCAUAUUUCACUGUCCAAUACACUGGACAAAUUUACAGGCCAUCAUAGGAGAUAGGAGAGUUCUUUAGUUUAUAUCAGUCCAAAGACUGUAGAGCGGUAAUUUAUCAAUCAAGACUGUGCAUUUCACUAGAGCGUUCAGCAGCAUUCAUCAAUUAAAUUUCAGAUUUGAAAUGAUUAGCUGUGUAGUUAGCGUGUUUCCGUGUUCAUUUGUCAACAUUAGCAUAAACACCUCUAUGAUUGUUUGCACUCCUAUAUCACUGGUCCAGCAUCUUGCCUCGUUCUGUGAUUAAACUUUUUCAAAAUGUCCUUAUGUUAGAACCAAAACUCCCGAAAGGCGCAGUCGUCAGGGAAACCCUGGAGGUUGACCGCGGAUAUUCGUUUUCCUAUCUCAUUAUUUUUAAUAAUGACGUUCAGGUACGAUAAAAUUGCUUAAAAUUGCACUUCUUUGUUCGUAGAAAAACAACUGUCUCGUGUCAUAAAUCCUUUAUUUUCUUAAAAUUCUUAAGAAAAUCGAAGUCUCUGGAGGGGCCAAAUUGGCAGGGCCUAGCUACAAACCGCCAUCUCUGGGCGUAUAUAGCCCGCUCUGUAUGUCUUUGUAAACGACUUAACAGUCACAACACUGCCCUUGUUUUUCUCACUUAAUGCACUGCAUUCGUAAUUUGCUUCUGUUAUACAGUAAACAAUGUACAUUAAGAAUAUAAAGUAAUUAAAUUCGUAAAAUCAACUGAAAAGUAAAUAUCUGUUACACUUUAGGAAAACAAAUUUGACGUUUCCAACUUUUUGACAGUUUUUACCUUCCCACAGACAUGGAAGAGCCUCGGCCUACCAAUAUUAUGUUCCUCACCGGUUACGUCGAAAAAAAGAAAAUGUCAUUCGCGGUGAAGUAUGCCGAUAAGACAAACGAAGUAUUCAACUUCUUACCCGAAUAUGAAUAUGGAGCAUUCUACCGUGGCUACUACAUCUCUGGUUUGAACAACGUGGGCCACAUAAAACCCCUGUGGUGGGUUAUCCUCGCCACUAUUGCUUUCCGGCUGAUAUAUGUUUAG